UCUGGACUUGCCCGUUUUAUAUUUUUUAAGAAUAUCUCAAGACUACCACACGAUUGAAUUUGUCAGUUCUCCUAGCAACCUGUUGCCGUUCACAAGUGUCUUCGCUAUAUCGCUUCACCAGAGUUAUUUUUCGCAAAUUUUCACUAGGAUUUAAUAACACAACGGCAAAUAUUGCAUCAUCAUCGACAAGGUCAACUCAUUCCAACAUGUUCAUCCGACUCUGCUGGAUGAUGGCCCUGUUUCUUUUGUUGACAUCGGCCGUCAGUUCCAUGAACAUCCCCGCUACGGAGUGUAAACGAGAUGCUGACUGCACAGUUGGAAAUUAUUGUUUAUUUUCCAUGUGUGAGACUUGCCUUCCAUGUGAGCAAGUGUUUUAUCGCCGUUCUCCGGUUACAGUUAACGGCCGGAUCGGAUGUGCUAGAACAGCAGACGAUUGUGGCGUGUGUCUUCCUGGAUAUCAGUCAGAAGAUUUGACGGGUCAACGUCAUUCGAUGAAAUGUUAUCCGAACCAAAGUGAACCGCCAGCAGAUUAUUUGAGUGACGUUAACACGAUUGGUUCUACAGUGACGUCCAUUAUUAUCUGCGCAAUCCUGGCCACACUUGCCGCCGGCAGUUGUUUUGUUUACGUUAAACAUCGCAAAGUUGAAACGACACGACCGGCUGUUGACGAUUCAAAGGAUGAAAGUCGCAAUCUUGUCGACCGCCUUCCACCUCCUUACGAAGAUCCGGAAGAACCGGCCAACUGCAUCCUGGCAUCUGAGCCCGUCUACACGCGAGUGAUUGUCCAACAGGACGUUCUCAAUCAAGCCACACCCAUCCAUUAUUAUCACCGUCAUCCCAAGGUAGAAUCUCCUGAUAUGGACGAAGAUAACGCCAAUCUGCCAGGAGCUGAACCGCCAAUCGAAGAUGGAAAUGGAUCGACUGAAACUAUUCCUUCGCUAUGGGAACCGAAUUCCGUCCUGGAUCUUCACGUGGACGUACCUGAAUCGAAUUGCACACCACGAAUGAAUACUAUUCUAAUCAGGAGCCAAUCGUUGGAUUUGCUCACGCAUCACCCUCAUUCUCAUGCGGUACUGACCGCAAGUAGAAGUGAUCCUACACUCCCGACCGACUCCAGGAGAAGACGUUCCAGCGGAGGUGAAUCUUAUGCCCAUCGUCACGUUAGACUCUCCAUGCACCGACUUCCUACCACACCUGUUGUAUCUCCUGCCGAACAAAAUUCGUUUAUCGAUCCAGCUCAUAAUGUGCCUCAAUCCCGCUCAACCGACCAGUGCCAAGAAGACUGCGAGCCCACCGAGCCGCAGGCUUUUGUUUUUGAUGAUUCUCAAGUGUCCGCCAACGUCUCAUACGAAAAUGAUAUAAACCUCUCCACGUCGAUUCUCUCAUUCACCGGAUCUCUUUAUGGUCACCAGAUUUCUUCGUCGACUCCUACCGAAACCGGAAGAGGAUCUCAGGACUCGGGAUUCUUUGACCAAUCUCGAAGACGUCCGGCUACCGACGAAUUAAGUUUCGGUCUUGCCUUGUUCGUGAAACGACCUCGCGAAUUCGAGUGAUUUUUUGUUUAUGACUAGUUGAUUAUGUGUGUGUUAUAUUCUAGUUAGUAUUAUAGAAACGUAUUAUCGUGACUAGUAGAGAUGGAAUUGUAAAAAAAUAAAAAUGAGUGCAUCUUGCGGGUGAUGAUGGAGCACAUUCGGGCUUAUUUACAGCCGCAAUAAUCUAUGGUUCUUUUAAUUCGAUUUGCUUGUUAAACUUUUACCCUUUUCAGGGUACCCAAUUUCGGAAAAAAACGUGUAUUUUCAGUUUUCAAUGGAAUGUUUUGUACAUAGUCAAACGUGAUUAAUAAGAAACCGUGUUUCUUCUAUUCUCUGCAUUGUCAUGUUUCUUGUUCACGAAUAAAGUCAUUACGAAAUGA